AUGGGAAAGCAAUAUAUUUCUACAGUAUCUGCGGCCCAGGCCCAUAAACUGGAUAUACUGGGUGUGGCAAUGACAGGGAAAUAUACUAUCACUGUUUCGUCGGAUGGAUAUGCUGCAUUCUGGGAUAAUAAGAAGGAUGAGGUUCACCAACCUCUGGAAUUCGUUACUCACAAGUUAAUCAAAGAUAUUGGCAUCCACCACGUCGCUGUCUUUGAAACUGUUCCCACUGGGCUGACUACAAAGCUCGUGGUGUUGGCAUUUGGCUGUUUUGAUGGCUCGAUCGUAUUUUACUACUAUAGGAAUGACGACCUUGAAACCUUCAGCUUGAUAGACACCGGAAAGGUUUUUAGUGAUGGUUUCUGGUCCCCAGGGUUCUACAAGGAUCCCGAAUCAGUUCAGAACCUUUUUGUGGUAACUAAAGCAAAUGGUUCGACGGCAGUUUACUCGUUGUCUCUUAACCUGGAGGACUUGUCUAUUGAGGUUGCAGACCUUAUUGGUACACUCAAUGCCAGCAGUAUCACGUCAUUUCCAAACUCUCUAGGCAUAUCACUCACAUCAGAAGCGUUGUGUGCGGUGGGGUACAGCUCGGGAGAUGUGGUGGUGUUCAAUUUGAAGAGUUUGAAGCAAGAAUUCACCUUCCACUCAACUGAUUUACAGGUCGAAGAGGGCCAAGGCUCCUCAUCCAUCCCACGUGUUGUGGAGUUCUCUCCUUGUGGAACCCUACUUGCUGUUAGUAGAGACAACCAGUCAGCUGGAUCCAUCACGCUCUAUGAUGUCAAGUAUGGUGAGAAUGUCGGAUCGUUGACUACGCUGUCGCACUCUGCAAAGACCAACAUUGGCGGAUUUGCUCACGAAGGAUGGAUUAUGGGAUUGAGCUUUAAUGAAGAUGGAAGUCUAUUGGCCAGCUGUGGUUUCGAUAAAUGUGUUAGGGUGUGGAAUAUGGAACUGAGAGAGCGUGAGGCAACUUUGGUGAUUAACAUCACCGACUUGGAAGAUACUACGCAAGAUGAAGAGGCAGACGCAAGUGUCUGUAGUGGCGUGGCUUUUAUCAAGAAGGGCGUACGUGGAGGUGCCGGUGGAGACUCCAACGAAGGUUUGUGUGUGGUGAGUUUUGACAGAGGUGUGAGAUGGUACAGAGAAGCUGGAGGUAUAUAG